AUGGCUGUGAACUUAACACAGUGGGAGAAAGAUCAAGUUAAAGCUAUAGACAACCUGAUCCAAAAGUGCAAGUUGCGAAAUAUCGCAUUUGAAAGGGAACAAUAUAAGUUGAACAUCUUGUUGAACCAAAAUGCCGCAGUUGAGACUUUUGUCGAACGCUUGUAUGAACAGGUGCCGCAAAGAUUGCGACAUUUUGCAACAGACCUAUACUCAGCGUUAGACUUCUUGUGUUAUCUCUGUUACUGCCACUUCAAGAACAACGGCAACCCUAUCCACGAUUCAGCAGCAAGAAAUGUUUCAUUUCGUCGGCAUAAAAACCUCAAGAGAUCUGAUGUUGCAGCGCAGGAAGACAGUUGCAGUUCAAAAAGAAGGGAGUUUGUAUGGCGUGAAUUCACAACCGUUUUAACUUGUCUUCCACAAGAUGGAUUUGGUCCGUUGGACGAGGUCACUCAACAAAAGUACAAUCCUUUCAAAGAAAUUAUCCUAGGCUGCCAGAUAAUAACGAAGAUUGGUGGUGAUGGACAGCCAGUACAACCACAACCAGACCAGCUUGACGAGGCGAAGUAUUUCAACAGACUCCAUUACCUACGCAACACUACAGUUCAUUGUAAUUUCGUUCAGAUUAAUGUCCAAAACGGGUGGUUGUAUUUUAACCGGCAAGACGGGAGCCACGAAAUCUCGGCAGUCCCAAUACCUGACAGAGACAAUGACCCGGUGAAUUGGGAAAGCUUUCCGGUUCAUCCCGGUUAUUGGAUUCCAGUUCCUUCACCGCUGGUCCUGAUACACCAGAAUUAG